CCCCAGGAGCCAUGACAAGCAAAAGAACAUACUCGCCUAGUGAUAGCCCUUGUGAUAUUUAAAUGUGUGGGUUAAUUUUUUAUCCACUUUAAUAACUGAAUUAUUCCCCUCCACUCCUCCUCUGCUUUCUAUUUCUACUCUGAAGCCGUGGGCACAGAAAUCUCUGCAGGCAAAUUACUCCAGAGCAUAUCGCUGGACAGUCCUACAAGGAACAGUUACAUUCACGGCAUCUGGAUUCCUGAUCGUUUUCCGACAUGGCAGGUGUGAGUGGCUGUAUAAAAUAUUCUAUGUUUCUCUUCAACUUCUUGUUCUGGCUAUGUGGCAUCCUGAUCCUGGGAACAGCAAUUUGGAUACGAGUUAACAAAGAUAAAGAGAUUCUCAACACUGGGAAUUCUGUUACUAGCCCCUAUAUUUCUGUGAACAUCUUGAUCGCUGUGGGAUCUAUCGUCAUGAUUCUGGGUUUCCUGGGAUACUGUGGUGCCGUGAGAGAAAGCCGCUGCUUGCUUCUUUUGUUCUUCAUAGGCUUACUCCUGAUCCUGCUCCUGCAGGUGGCAGCAGGUGUCCUGGGAGCUACCUUCAGAUCUGAUUCCGAGCGCAUUCUGAAUGAGACUCUCUAUAAAAAUAUAAAGCUUUUAAGUGAAACAGAUGAGAAGGCACAAGCAUUCCAGGAAGUCCUGGCUACAAUUCAAGACAAGUUUAAAUGCUGUGGUUUGGUCAAUGGAGCUGCUGACUGGGGAAAGAAUUUUCAACAAAAUUUUAAGUCAUGUGAAUGUACAAGUUUGUCAUAUUCUUGUGUGAUAUAUGAAGGCAGAAAUGUUUACAAACAGCCAUGCAUUUCUUUCAUAAAAGAAACAGUUGCAAAACAUUUUCUCAUAGUUAUUGGAAUAGCAUUUGGACUGCUGUUUAUUGAGGUACUUGGUCUUGUAUUUUCUAUGGUCCUGUACUGCCAGAUUGGGAGCAAAUGAAUCUGUGGAUGUGUCCAGCUAUCCUCCAUUGGGCCCCUUUAACAUUUGGCUUUGGUUUUGUAACUUUAAAUAUACAUGUGCCGUACACAUUAGGAGCAGCUGUCUGAUUCAAAUAUCUCAUUGAACUAGAUCACAGGUAUCAUCCAGACAUAUUGAACAUAUUUAAGAUAUGAGUGACACAAGGAAAAUGAUAUGAAUGUGAUUUUUACUCAAAAUAAAAGUGACCUUGUGCAUGCUGA